AAGAGAAAACAGCAGGGAGCAAACGUCUGCUUCUUCUUCUCUCUUCCUCUCGCCUCUCUCUCUAUUCCGUUUCUCUUUUGUCCUCCUUCCUCCUUCCUCCUCUUCACUGUCUGUUUCAUUUCAUACUUACAAUCGAACCCGAAACGUCUCUUCUUCCUUCUCUCUCUUUCUGUCUAUUUUUAAAACCAGAUUUUUUUUCCUCGCCUCUUGUCUCCUUGAUGAUACCCUUGUCCUCAUUCCCCACUCUCGGCAAAUCCGAAAUUCCGACAAACCCAUUUCAUCCCCAUCUCCCACUUUCAGGAAAAAAAACUAAUCUUUCUUGUCUUUUCAAUAACGAACCGGCAUCCCCACUCGCAAAUCUAAGAGAAAGUUGGAUACUUUUUUCGGUCUGAAUCUCGAGAAUUCUGAAGAUUCACAGACCCACUUGCUCUCCUAUUCAAAGGAUGGAAGCAGAAACGUCUUGGACUCACUAUCCAUACAACUACGUCCCUGAAGCUGAAACAUACUCUGAGCCUAGCGACGAUGAGACCAAAGACCAAACCUUUUCGAUGGACACUCUCCUCCCAGACGAUCUACUAGAAAGAAUCUUAUCCUUUCUCCCCAUCGCAAGCAUCUUCAGAGCUGGCACGGUCUGCAAAAGAUGGAACGAGAUCGUCUCAUCUCGAAGAUUCUUAUGGAACUUCUCCUCAAACAACAACAACUCUGCCUCUCAGAGGCCUUGGUACUUCAUGUUCACUAGCACCGACGACCCAUCCGGUUACGCGUACGACCCGGUUAUCAAGAAAUGGUACACCUUUGAUCUCCCUUGCAUCGAGACUUCGAAUUGGUUCGUCGCUUCCUCUUGUGGGUUGGUUUGUUUCAUGGACAACGACUGUAGAAACAAGAUCUACGUCUCCAACCCUAUCACCAAGCAGUGGAGGAGGCUCAUCGAACCGCCCGGUCACAGGUCUACGGACUACACAGCGUUGUCUACCUCCAUGAACAGAGCAAAACAGAGCUACUCUGUUUCGGUGGUGAAGUCAAAGCAAGUUCAAGGGAACUUCUUCCAGUGGGAGCUCUCUAUUCAUCUCUACAGCUCCGAAACGAUGACGUGGACGACGUCCUUAACCGACGUGUUAACCGGAUGGAGAGGAGGAGACGAGAGUGUGAUCAUCGACAACGUUCUCUACUUCUUGAUCUACUCAACAGGAGGCAACUCUGAUCAUCGACACGGCUUGAUCGCUUCUAACUUAUCCUCCACGUCAUCCUUAAUGAGUAGUUUCAUUCCGAUGCCGUGUUCUUUAACCUGCGGGAGGCUGAUGAACCUCAAGGAGAGGCUUGUGGUCGUUGGAGGGAUAGGGAAGCACGACAGGCCAGACAUUAUCAAAGGGAUUGGGAUAUGGUGUUUGAAAGGAGGAGGAGGAGGUGGGGGAGAGUGGCAAGAGAUGGCGAGGAUGCCUCAGAGAUACUUCCAAGGGUUUGGUGAGCUGGACGAUGUGUUUGCUAGCAGUGGCAGCGAUGAUGUUGUUUACAUUCAGAGCUAUGGUUCUCCUGCGCUUUUGACUUUUGACAUGAAGUUGAAGUGUUGGAAGUGGUCUCAGAAGUGUCCUGUCUCCAAGAAGUUCCCUCUUCAGCUCUUCACUGGGUUUUGCUUCGAGCCAAGACUCGAGAUUGCUCCUUGAGCUAUGAUGAUCACGAGUAAUGCUUUUGUUAUUUACAGUUUGGUACUUUAUUAAUUAAAGAGACCAAUAUAUUUUUAAUUUUAAUCAAUCGAAUCCUCGUUCUUUCUCUGUGUCUGUUAACAUGUGGCCCACAAUAUCUCAUGGUCUGAAACUCGAGGUUGUCUUGUUGCUGUUCCUGGAGGAUAAAGUAAAAAAAAAUUAUUUAAGUAAAAGUUAUUAUUAAUGUU